ACUACAAAAAAACGUCCUUUGCCCCACAUACCCUUAAAAACAAUAAUUUAGUUGUGUGAAACAAAAAUAUUUGGUAGACCGAACAAAACGAUUGAACAAAAAAAUUUAGUUCUGCCAACCAAAUGGUCUAGUUGCAUCAUAUCAAAUAAAAAAUUUGGUAGAGAGAACUAAUGUGAUUUAUAAUGAUAUAAUUUUGUGGAAGAAAAAAUAAAGGAGAAUAAGAAUAAAAUGUUGAUUAAUUAUGAAUAAAAUUUGCAUUUAGUAUAAAUAUUUAUUUUGUAUAAUGAGACGCUUAAUAUGUUAUUCGACUACCAUUUUUUUCACAUUUUGUUAAUUGUAACAAAGUUUUUUAAAUAAAUAAAAUUAACAUUCGAGUAUAUAUAGUGAAAAUUUCUCGUGAACUUGUCACACUGUUCAUAUUUAUUGUUUUUCGUAUUAUAAGAGUCAUGGAAGCCAAGAAGUUAAAUAAAGUUCGAGAAGUUUUUUGUGUCAUAAGACGAGAAUUAGCUUGCUAUAUUUGCAAGAAAGUCAUUUCUAAACCCUACAUAGCAAAUUGUGGUCACUCGUACUGCAAAAAAUGUAUUCGAGAACAAACUAUUUUAAUGGAAAAUUGUCCAAGAUGUCUUUUUCAUUUCAUAUAUCGUCGUUAUACUAAAAAGAAUAAUAGAUUGAAAAAAAUUGUUGAGCAAUUUAAAGUAGUCGAAAAUGCAUUUCAACUUGACAAUCAAAUUGACAUUUCUGAAGAUUUGUUUGAGCGUUCAUUUGCAGUCGAUGCGGAAAUUCGAAAGCGUUUUAAAAAUACAAAUAAAAAUUUAUCAAUUCCUGGAGAAGAAAUUGAAAUGGAAACUGUCCCCGAAAAAGAAAUUCAGAGUGAAGGACUUUUUCAAGAACAAGAAUCUGGCUAUAAUUCUGAGGGAACAACAAGUUUAAUAAAUCCAAAUUUGAUAAAAAAAAUAGUUAAUGUAGAUGAAUUAAGUUCAUCAGAACUUCCAACAGAAGAAUAUUUUAUUAAAAAGAUAAAAUCAGUUUGAUUGAAAAUGAAAAAUAAUUUCCAUUAGUGAUUAUAGGAUUUAUUUAUAUUUAAUGCAUUGUUUAUUUGAUUAUGUUAAUUAUUAAAUUUCGUUUCUACUUCUUUAUAUAAUAAUGAUCUUUUAUCUUUUUUUUUUCUUUUCUUUUUUCUCUAUAGGUGUAUUUUUUUUUUGUCUUUGUAUUCUUAAUUUUUGUUAAAAGUUCUUCAAUAAAUUGUGAUUUUUUGAUA